AGUUAGAAAUUGAGAAUUAUUUAUUUUAGAGAAAAGAAGGGAGAAAGAAGUUGAAGCCUUGACCGACGGCGGAGGCCGCAGCGACGCAGCAAGAUGAAGGUAAUGGUCGCCGUCAAGCGGGUGGUCGACUAUGCCGUCAAGAUCCGUGUGAAGCCAGAUAAGAGCGGGGUCGAGACCGGCAACGUUAAGAUGUCGAUGAACCCAUUCUGUGAGAUCGCCCUCGAGGAAGCCCUCCGCCUCCGGGAGGCCGGAGCCGCUGGGGAGGUUGUCGCAGUCUCAGUCGGUCCCGCGCAGUGCGCCGACACGCUCCGUACUGCCCUCGCCAUGGGAGCCGACCGUGCCGUCCACGUAGAUUCUGGGACCGUGCCGGUGCUCCCGCUCUCCGUGGCUAAGAUCCUCAAGGCCCUCGUUCACGUAGAGCGGCCCGGGCUCUUAAUCCUCGGCAAGCAGGCAAUUGAUGACGACUGCAACCAAACAGGACAAAUGGUGGCUGGACUACUUAGAUGGGCACAAGGAACCUUCGCUUCAAAGGUCAUUCUGGAUAAAGAAAACCAAACGGCAACAGUCGAAAGAGAAGUCGAUGGUGGUAUCGAGACGAUCUCUCUUGAUUUGCCUGCAGUAAUCACGACGGAUUUAAGGUUAAAUCAACCCCGAUAUGCGACUCUUCCGAACAUAAUGAAAGCUAAAUCGAAGGUCAUCAAGAAAGUUACACCUGCAGAGCUGAACGUGGAGAUCAAACCAGCUUUGGAGAUCAUUCAAGUUACAGAACCGCCCAAGAGAAAAGCUGGUGCGAUCGUUUCAUCGGUGGAUGAACUCAUCGACAAGUUGAAGAAUGAAGCUCGCGUUAUAUGAAACAUUUGUUUGUCCAACUCCAGAAACACUUAUCUUCAACUUUAAAGUUCUUCAAAUGUUUCAAUAAUAAUUUCUCGCACCAGAUCGAUUACCAAAGAAA